AUUUUCGCCCAAAACUACCAAAAUUGCAUUUAUUACUCAUUUUAAUCGUCAUUUCCCCACUAAAUCAGCCACUCAUCAGCGAUAAUAUUAGUAUUUUGCGUACUAAUUAUCAUUUGCCACCAAAAUUUGGAUCAGUUGCGGUGACAGAUUGAGCCAUGGAUUCAUCCAAUGAACAACACUUUGAUUUAAGCGAAUACCGGGUCAUCUCUAUUGAGGAGAACCACAAGAUAGCGAUCAUUAACAUCUUGAAUGCCAUUGUCUCUGAACCACAUCUGGAGGACACCAAUGACACGAAGGCUGUGGUCUGGAAAUUGGCAGCUCUCGUGGAACUGUUCGACGACUCGUUCAUCACGAGUGGCAUCGGAGCCCAGAAUCGGUUCAAACUGAAGGACUUGGAUGUGUUGACUGAAUCCGAUUUGUUGGACAUCAGUACUCACGUGAGGAAUUGGUUGAUCUCUUACUAUAACGCGGAGUCUCUCAUCGAAUCGCUGAAACUGGAGGACGGCAUACAGGAAGAGAUAUCGAUGGCAGCGCUUCUCAUACUGAAUGUAUUUCAUCAGUUAAGAGAGUCCAUACCUCACGUGAAGGAGCAGUUGGACCAGAAUUGGGUCUAUUUGGCUGAGUUUGACGACCAGUUGGAGGCCAUGUGGAAGACGGACCGGGCGUUCAGUCUUUUGCAGACAGAACUGGAAUGCGAACGAAUCCAACGAUUGGCUGACAAACAAAAGUUGUCUAAAUUGGAGAAAGAAGUCAAUUCUUAUAAGAGAAAAGUGAAACAAUCGAAGGAAAUGCUCGAAAAACUCAAAAAGUUUGCCUCAAAGCCGGCGCCCAAAAGCCGUAAGAGGGGUGGGGGUGCUGUGCAGACACCCUCCAGACGUGGCCGACCCAAGAGGGGCGGAGCAACUUAUAGGACUGACUCCGACAUUGAGGCCGAUUUGCCGCCACUGCCGGGCACUCCUGUGCUGUUGUCGUCGUCGGGAACGGGCUCUUCGUGCAGGUAUUGCGGCAAAUGGUUUAACGACGCGCUUAAACUCAAUAAACACAUCAUAAUACACGCCGGGAGCAAACCGUUUGCGUGCGAUUGGCCGGGAUGUGGCCGUCCCUUCGACUCCAACUAUAAGCUUCAGCGUCACCGCCGAUGCCAUACAGGAGAGCGUCCGUUCGGUUGCGAGAUAUGCGACAAACGGUUCACCAGAUCUGACAAACUUAGAGAACACCAGAGAUUACACGAGAAGCAGAAGAAGAAGGCCGAAGACGAGGAGAAGUCGAGACUCGCGACGGAGGGGACUGACGAGCAAAUGGACGCUAAAAUUGAAGACCAGGCGCUCACCGCAUAAACUGAACACAAAUGGAUUUCUAACGCAUUUUGUUUCCGAUUAGGUCUUCAGCAGUGAAUUCUUAUGUCC